AUGGAAAGGAUACCCCCUGACUGCAUAGGCCCCCCACAUGUGCCUUUGGGGUACGUGGUGGCCAGUGAGAAGUGGCGCGGGUCGCAGCUGGCUCAGGGAAUGCAAGGGAAAACUAUCCUGGUGUUUGAGGAUGACCUGUCACCGGUAGAUUUUUACUUGUCUAGCAGAUCUUGCAUUCUCUUUAUCUCUGAAGCUGAUUUGGUAGCAGGAACUAGCUACAGAAAAAGACUCGUUCGAGUUAGAAAUUCCAAUCAUCUCCAAGCGAUUGUCAUUGUGGAAAAGACUCAAAUGAGUGUACAGUACUUCCCAGCCGUCCAGAAGUUCACUGUCCUAGACCUAGGCAUGGUGCUGCUUCCAGUAGCCGACCAGAUGGAAGCUGCCAGCCUCAUUAGCCAGUUUGUUCUAGAGCAAACUAAAGAGCCCAGUAAAAACCCUCUGCUCAGGAAGAAGCGGGCUCAGAUUUCUGAGGCCUGUCUGCUUAGGACUGUGCAACAGAUCCCAGGCAUCGGAAAAGUCAAAGCUCCCCUUCUGCUUCAGAAGUUUCCGAGUAUCCAGCAGCUGAGUUGCGCUUCCCUCCAGGAACUGGAGUCAGUGGUGGGGCAAGCAGCUGCACAGCAAAUUCACGACUUUUUCACUCGGCCACGGUGA